AGUGUGAUAGUUAGUUGUUUCGUUCUUUGUCGUUCUGAGUAAUUUGAUACAAAUUUUUUAAUUUCAAUAAAUAAAAUAACCAUGGACAGCGAGGAAUGUUUGAGGACUAUUCUUAAUAUUGUACGUAUUGUCAAUACUGCACACGAAGUGUUCCAGGAGGUAAAUAGAAACUCCCGAAGGUGGUGGGUUCGUCCUGUCAAUAUUUCACGCGAAGAGGAAGGAUUUUAUAGAACAUGCAUCAAGCAGCUUAAGGAAAAGGAUGAGGAGCAUUUUUAUAAAGCUACGAGAAUGAGCGUUGCUAAAUAUAAUUUAUUGUUGUCGCUAUUAAAGCAACGAUUAAAACGUUUUUCAAAUAGAAAACCAAUUCUGCCUGAGACUCGUUUGGCGGUAACAUUAAUUUUCUUGGCACAAGGAUGCAAUUUCAAUGUCCUAUCUUGGUCCUUUAAACUUGGAGUUUCCACAGUCCGAAAAAUUAUAUACGAAACAUGUGAAGCUAUUUGGGAUGAAUUGCAUGAUGCAUAUUUGUCAACACCAAACGCACACGAACUUCGAGAUAUUGCAAGCAAGUUCUAUGUAAAGACUGGAAUGCCGAAUUGCUUGGGAGCUAUAGAUGGGAAACACAUUCGUAUAACAAGCUCAAGAAAUAGCGGAUCGUUGUACUACAACCAUAAGAAAACGUUUAGCAUUGUACUAAUGGCAGUGAGUGAUGCUAAUUACGUGUUCACAUAUGUUGAUGUCGGUGCUCUAGGAAGCCAAAAUGACGGUUGAAAGAAGUUGCUAAAUGGCACACUGGAAGUUCCUUCUGACACAAACUUACCGGGUACAACGAAUAGCUUUCCGUAUUACUACGUCGGCGACAGUGCGUUUCCACUGAAACCAAAUUUAAUGCGACCAUUUCCCGGCCGUCACUUACCAGAA